UUCUCGAGAAAAUUUGACAAUUCCGAGUGGAAAUGAGAGGCGCAAAUGGAGAAUCUAGAGCUAUGAAUAACCCUUUGGAGACUAUACAUGCUGCUGCUAACGUGAUCGCUUCAGCAGAGAAUCGUGUUCCACAAUCCACUAGUCAGAAGAAAAGAUGGGGUGGUUUCUGGAGCAAUUAUUGGUGCUUUGGAUCAUACAAACAAAAAAAGCGUAUUGGACCCACUGUUCUUGUUUCUGAGACGAGUGCUUCUCGUGCUAAUGUGCCUGCUGCUGAGAUUCCAACCCAAGCACCUGCCAUGACACUUCCCUUUGUUGCACCACCCUCCUCUCCUGCGUCUUUCCUUCCAUCUGAACCCCCCUCUGCUACUCAGUCUCCUGCUGGUUUAGUGUCUCUCACCUCUAUUUCUGCUAGUAUGUACUCUCCAGGCCCUGCUUCUAUAUUUGCAAUUGGCCCUUAUGCUCAUGAAACCCAGUUAGUUUCGCCACCUGUUUUCUCGACCUUCACCACUGAACCAUCAACUGCUCCCUUCACUCCUCCCCCUGAAUUGGUGCACUUGACUACGCCGUCUUCACCUGAGGUGCCAUUUGCUCAGUUCCUUGGCCCGAACUUCCAGUUUGGAGAGGGUGGACAGAGAUUCCCCAUAUUCCACUAUGAAUUUCAGUCUUAUCAGCUUCAACCUGGGAGUCCAGUUGGCCAACUGGUCUCACCAAGCUCAGGAAUCUCAGGUUCUGGCAGAUCAUCUCCUUUCCCUGAUGGUGAUUUUGCUGCUGCAUUACGCUUUCCCGAGUUGCGAAUGGGUGACCCUCCCAAGCUCUUCAACAUUGAUAAGCUUUCCAACCGUGAAUGGGGAUCAUGUCAUGGUUCUGGGACUUUAACCCCAUAUGCUACAACAUCCACACCUCGCAAUGGUUUUCUUAUGGAUCACCAGAUCUCAGAAGCUUUUUCACAUCCGCAUUUGGAUAAACAAACCCCAACUGAUCAGGUUGCACUUAAUCAUAGAGUUUCAUUUGAGUUGACUAAUGAAGAAGUUACAAUAUGUGUGGAAACAGAGGCAGCAACACCAUCUGAAGCUGUGCCAGAAUCUCUACAGAAUGAAGCUAAAAGAGAAAGAGAAGAGAACACAACUAAGGCGGUGGAUGAUCAUCAAUGUCGUGUUGGUGAAACAUCCAAUGAAAGACCAGAGAAAACUCCAGCCGAUGGGGAAGGCACGGCACAACACCUUGAGAAUCAAUGCGUAACACUUGGGCCAGCUAAAGAAUUCAAUUUUGACAACGUUGAUGGAGUUGAUGCCCAUAAGCCUAUCGUCAGUUCCGAUUGGUGGGCGAAUGAGAAGGUAGCUGGAAAGGACAAGAGUGUAGCCAGCAAUUGGUCUUUCUUCCCCAUGAUGCAGCCAGGAGUAAGCUAACCGGUAUACAUUUUAGUAGAUGCCUUGCGAUUUUCACGUCAUUUUAGGAAAGUAGAUGCAGUGUAGGCGAACCAAACAAUUUGGUAACAGCAACAGGGCACAAUUAAUCAGCCAUAUCACAGAUAAUUUUAGGCUUUAGCGUUAAACUCAGACGGUAUAUUGCAUGAAGAACGUACUUGGGUCCUUCCUGACUAUAAGAAACAGGGUCUCAUAGGCAUAAUUUUUUUGUUUAAUAUAUGUAGUAUACAUCUCUAAUAUAGGCAGAUAGAUAUAAUCAUAUCAAAGCAGUUUUUUUCUCUUAUUGGUGCCCUCAUGUAAAAUAUGGAUGACGAUAAUAAUAGCAUUGCAGUCAAAAGGGAAAUAUUUAUAUGAUGGUGGAUGUA